UAUGUGACUGUAGUGUGCACAUAAUAGUACAUAGAUCUAAUAGUUAAUAAUACAUUCAAGAAACAUUAUUAUUAAUAUUAGAGACUCUAAAACGAAUAGGUCAAUCAAUAUUUCAAUAAAGUUGAAUAUCACUGUUAUUUUUUUUACCAGAGAACGAUUCUACUCUAGAUCUAGUACUAUUAUUAGAGAUCUAGUAAAAAAGUUUAUAAAAAAUAGCUAACUAGAAGAAAUAUCUACAAAUGAGUGGUGUUAUCCUACCCAAGUCCUUCGCCUUGUUAAGAAAAUGGCCUUGUCAUGGACUACUGGCAUUAUCAUGGUCAUGUAAAAGAACUUUAUAUGUUACUAAAGUUAGGCUGAAUCAACCUGUGUCAGACCUCUUCACCAACCCUGUUGAUCGCCUUCAACCCAUGGUACAAAUUCCCAUUAUUCCAAACUCUGAUAUGGCGUUUAGGCCAUCGAGAGAUGAGAUGGAAGCUGCUUCACUGAUGUUUGAACGCAGAAAUAUGAAAGGAGAAACAUUUCAGUUUUUAGGUUCCUGGCCCAACCCGCAUAUCAUGCCAAAGUGGGACGUACCAGAGGUAGCUUUUAUAGGCAAGAGUAAUGUUGGCAAGUCUUCGUUACUGGCGGCUAUGUUUGCACAAGUCCCUGAUGUUAAAGUCAAAGUUUCCAAAAAACCGGGUCACACAAAACUGAUGAAUGUGUUCAAUGUAAAUAAUUAUUUCCACCUAGUUGACAUGCCAGGAUAUGGUUUUAACAUGCCAGAUCAUUUUGAAACAAGUGUUGAAGCUUACAUUAAAUCACGACGCAAUUUGUUACGAGUGUUCAUGUUAAUUGAUGCAACAACUGGUCCUGUUGAUGUAGACAACAUAGCUAUUGGUAUGAUGGAGGAAUUCGCUGUUCCUUAUGUUAUUGUGAUUACAAAGAUAGAUUUAGCUAGACCAGCCACACUCAUCAGGAGUUUGAUGUCAGUGGUGAAAUUCAGAGACGAAACUAAAGCGGACAGUUGUUUUCCUCAGCCAUUUUUAGUCAGUUCAGUGAAUGGAGAAGGGCUGGCAUUUCUUCAGUCUUUUAUUGCCUAUGUCACUGGAAAUUUACAGAUCAAAUCAUUAUCAUAAACCACACAAACGUUUACCAAAUAAACUAUAUUAUAUUAUAUGGCUCAGUCAGAAAUUUAUGCCCAGUAGAAGAUUAUAUUUCGACAAAACCAGUGCAUACAAAUUUUAAAUGUUUGGACAAAUGGCCACUAAAUUUUAAGAAUUAUCCUUGUACAAAUGUAAAUGAUGUUAGAAUAUUAUUUUAAUGUUAAUAUAAUGUAUAAUCUUGCUUUAGGAAACAUAAUCACCAAUUACAAUUUAAUAAACCUUUUAACAAGAAUUGC